AUGGAGCCCAUCAAGGACACAUUUUUGGCCCUGAAACCAGAGGAAGAAGCAUGCCCCAACCCUGAAACCAAAGUCAAAGAAACACAGGAUGCUGUGACCUAUCAUGAUGUGCAUGUCAACUUCACUCAGGAGGAGUGGGCAUUGCUGAAUCCUUCCCAGAAGAAUCUCUAUAAAGAUGUGAUGCUGGAGACAUAUAUGAACCUCACUGCUAUAGGAUACAAUUGGGAAGAUCUUGAAGUUGAAGAACAUAUCCAUUUGAACCGUUUGAUUGGAAAGCAUCAGAAAACACAUACUGGAGAAAAACCCUAUGAAUGUAAUCAGUGUGGUAAAGCCUUUGUACAGCAUGCUCAUCUUCAAAGACACACAAGAACCCAUACUGGAGAGAAACCCAAUGAAUGUAAUCAGUGUGAUAAAGCUUUUGCUCAAAACAGUGUUCUUCAAAUGCAUAAAAGAACUCACACUGGAGAGAAACCCUAUGAAUGUAAUCAGUUUGGUAAAGCCUUUGCUCAAAACAGUGUUCUUCAAUUGCAUAAAAGAACACAUAGUGGAGAGAAACCAUAUGAAUGUGAUCAAUGUACUAAAGCCUUUAGACAUCAUAGUAGUCUUCAAAGGCAUACAAGAACACAUACUGGAGAGAAACCCUAUGAAUGUAAUCAGUGUGGUAAAGCCUUUUUACUUCACAAUAAUCUUGAAAUGCAUAGAAAAACACAUACUGGUGAGAAACCCUAUGAAUGUAAUCAGUGUGGUAAAGCCUUUGUACAUUACAGUCAUCUUCAAAGGCACACAAGAACACAUACUGGAGAGAAACCUUAUGAAUGUAAUCAGUGUGGUAAAGCCUUUGCUCAAAACAGUGUUCUUCAAUUGCAUAAAAGAACACAUAGUGGAGAGAAACCAUAUGAAUGUGAUCAAUGUACUAAAGCCUUUAGACACCAUAGCAGUCUUCAAAGGCAUACAAGAACACAUACUGGAGAGAAACCAUAUGAAUGUGAUCAAUGUACUAAAGCCUUUGGACAUCAUAGUAAUCUUCAAAGGCAUACAAGAACACAUACUGGAGAGAAACCCUAUGAAUGUAAUCAGUGUGGUAAAGCCUUUGUACUUCACAAUAAUCUUGAAAUGCAUAGAAAAACACAUACUGGCUCUCUUUCUCUCGGGCCCAUGAAAAAAGAAAGAAGAAAAACACAUACUGAAGAGAAACCCUAUGAAUGUAAUCAGUGUGGUAAAGCCUUUGUACAUUACAAUCAUCUUCAAAGGCACACAAGAACACAUACUGGAGAGAAACCAUAUGAAUGUAAUCAGUGUGGUAAAGCCUUUGCUCAAAACAGUGUUCUUCAAAUGCAUAAAAGAACACAUACUGGAGAGAAACCCUAUGAAUGUAAUCAGUGUGUUAAAGCCUUUGCUUGCCACAAUGUUCUUCAACUGCAUAAAAGAACACAUAGUGGAGAGAAACCAUAUGAAUGUGAUCAAUGUACUAAAGCCUUUAGACUUCAUAGUAAUUUUCAAAGGCAUACAAGAACAUAUACUGGAGAGAAACCAUAUGAAUGUGAUCAAAGUACUAAAGCCUUUGGACAUCAUAGUAAUCUUCAAAGGCAUACAAGAACACAUACUAGAGAGAAACCCUAUGAAUGUAAUCAGUGUGGUAAAGCUUUUGUACAGCAUGGUCAUCUUCAAAUGCAUCGAAGAACACGUACUGGAGAGUAA